AUGGCUUCUUCUUCUUCUUCCACCCGUCUAUGGUCUUAUGAUGUAUUCUUGAGCUUUAGAGGUCAAGAUACCCGUGAAGAUUUUAUUGCUCAUCUAUGCAAGGCUUUGCGUCAAAAGGGAAUCUAUACCUACAUGGAUGAUAGGCUUCAAGAAGGGGAUGAAAUUUCACCGACACUUUUCAAAGCCAUCAAAGAGUCCAGGACUGCAAUUGUUGUACUAUCUGAAAACUAUGCAUCAUCCACAUGGUGCUUGGGCGAGCUCAUGGAGAUCCUUGCGUGUAGAGAAACAAAGCAGCAAAUCGUUCUGCCUUUGUUUUACAAAGUAGAUCCAUCAGACGUACGACAUCAAAGAAAGAGUUUUGGCGAAACAUUCGCAAAACAUGAAGGCAGAUUCAAGGAGGGCACUGUGCAGAGCUGGAAGGUAGCCCUGCAUAAAGUGGCUAAUUUGUUCGGCUGGCAUCUAGAACAAAGGAAUGAAUUCAAAUUUAUCAAGGAAAUUGUUCAAGUGGUCUCAAGAAUGGUAAGUCAUACAUACUUGAACGUCGCCAAGUAUCCAAUUGGAAUAGAGUCUCGUGUACAAGAUAUCAAUGUACUUUUAAGUAUUGGAAUGAGUGACAAACGCAUGGUAGGAAUCUUCGGAGUUGGUGGAAUUGGUAAGACAACUAUCGUCAAAGCGAUCUAUAACUUGAUUUCUUAUCAAUUUGAAGAUAGUUGUUUUCUUGCAAACAUUAGAGAAAAUUCAAAGCGAGAGUGCGGUCUAGUCCAAUUGCAAGAGACACUUCUUUUUGAGAUCCUAGGCGACUCAAGUUUGAAGAUUGGUAAUGUUGAUCGAGGAAUCAAUGUCAUCAAAGAAAGGCUUUGCAGUAAAAGAGUUCUUUUAGUUCUUGAUGAUGUAGAUGAGUUGAUCCAAUUAGAAACAUUAUCUGGAGAGCAUGAUUGUCAGCAUGCCUUCCAAAGUGACAAACCUAAUGAUGAUUUUGUGGAACUUACAGAACAUGCAUUAUGUUAUGCUGGGGGCCUUCCACUAGCUUUGGCAGUGUUAGGUUCAAAUCUAUAUGGAAGAGACAAAUAUCAUUGGAAAAGUGCAUUGGAAAAGUACAAAAGAAUUCCCGAAAAAAAUAUUCAUGAAAAGCUGAAAAUAAGUUAUGAUAGAUUGGAGGAAAGUGAGAAGAAUAUAUUCCUUGACAUUGCUUGUUUCUUCAAGUGGGAGAAUGUAGAAUAUGUCACUAAAGUACUAAAAAAAUGUGGUUUCUAUCCAAAUAUAGGCAUUAAAGUGCUUAUGGAUAAGUCUCUCAUAACCAUUGAGUCCAACAGAUUGGUCAUGCAUGACUUACUGCAAGAUAUGGGUAGAGAAAUUGUUCGUCAAGAAUCACACAAAGAACCUGGCAAACGCACUAGGUUGUGGUUUCAUGAAGACGUUCCUCAUGUAUUAGAAGAAAAUAUGGGAACAAACAAAAUUGAAGGAAUAUUGGUGGAGUUGCCUAAACGAGGCUUGAUACGCUGGAGUUCUGAAACCUUCAAGAAGAUGAAAAGCCUCAGGUUGUUUAUAAGUCGUAAUGCACACUUUUCUGCAAAACCUACUUAUCUCCCUAAUGAGUUAAGAGUGCUUGAUUGGGCUGAAUGCCCUUUACAAUUUUUGCCGUCGAAUUUUCAUGGACAAAAACUCACUGUUUUAAGAAUGCGUAAUGGCCUCUUCAAGGCACCCAAGGAGGGAUUCAAGAAUUUCCAAAACUUGAGGAUUAUGGAAUUCAUUCACUGUAAAUUCCUAAUAGAAAUCCCGGAUAUUUCAAGAAUCCCAAAUUUAGAGAAAUUGGAUUGUUUUGACUGUGAAAGUUUAGUUAAAGUUCAUGACUCUGUUGGAUUCCUUGAUAGGCUUACCGAUCUGUCAUUUUUAUAUUGCUCUAACCUUAUCAGUUUGCCAAGAAGCCUUAAGUUGAGAUCUUUGGAAAAUCUUGAACUUGGAUUUUGUUCAAGGCUUCAGGACUUUCCUAAAAUUGAGUGUGAAAUGGAAUGCUUAAGACGGCUUGUAAUAUGCUACAUUGCUAUAAAAGAACUGCCUUCAUCCACCGGAUAUUUCACUGGGCUUUCUGAAUUAUAUAUUGAAAGUUGCAAAAACCUUAUGUAUCUCCCAAGUAGCAUUCUUCAGUUGCAACAUCUAAAGUUUAUUUCUCUAAAAAAUUGUACAAAACUUGCUAAGCUUCCAACAAAGGAAUUUGAAACUCCAUCAAGUACAGAAUUAUUCUCAUCGCCACCGCUAGGGAAUUCAUGCAUUUUCGAUGAUGGUUGUUCCUCAAUUGGGUUUCUAUAA